UCAAGCUAAAAAUAUUAUUCAAUUAAUAAUUAACAAUAUUUUUUAUAUUGUAUAAAUUUAAGUUUUUAUACUAUUUAAAAUUUUACAUUAUUUUCUUUGGGGAAAAAAAUGCAAAAAGUAAAAAGUUCAAUACCCGGUCUUGGAUAUCCGUCAGGACGAAAUGAUCCCAUAAAAUCUGGCCAGGGUUUUUUGGAGGGCAGAAAAAUAGACGACGGUGCAGAGGGACUUUGGAGGAUCAAGGAUGGACUUUAUGAUUUGACUGAAUGGGAAAAAUUUCAUCCCGGAGGCUCUGAAUGGAUUAAUCUUACAAAAGGGACGGAUAUUACUGAAGCUUUUGAGGUACAUCAUUUAACUGAAAAACCACAAAGGAUUCUUUCAAGAUUCUACAUUCGUGAUGCAAAUUCAUCGCGAUCAAUUCCCUUCACCUUCGAUGACAACGGAUUUUACAAAAAAUUCAAAAAACGAAUUCAAAUUGCCCUUAAAGACGUGGAUUUUCAAAAUCCAUCAAAAUCAUCAAAUCUUAAGACAGACUCACUUUUAAUUAUCACAUUAAUCUCAUCAAUGAUUGCAGCAUCGACAAAUUUCUGGCUGGCCUUCGUAAUAAGCGGCAUAUUUUUAGCAUGGACAACAAUAGCAGCUCACAAUUAUAUGCAUAUGAAACAUCACUUUAGAAUGUAUUAUUUUGAUUUGAGUUUAAUGUCAAGUAAAGAAUGGCGUAUAACGCAUGCGCUUUGCCAUCAUCUCUAUCCAAAUACAAUUUGGGAUCAGGAAAUUUAUGCCUUUGAACCGUUAGUGAAUUGGUUACCAAGACAAAAGCCAAUAUUGAGGAGAAUAUUGGGAAUUAUUUUAACGCCACUUCUUACAAUUAUGGGAUUUUUAAAAGAGGGAAUUAAAAGGUAUUAUUUGAUUUUUACAGUAUGGAAGCAAUUGGAAUUUAGAGAUUUAGUACCAUUUUUCUUGCCAUUAUUAUUAUGUACCGUUGCACCAAAUCCAUUGUCAGCAUUUAAAAGUUGGAUGAUGAUAAUAUUUUGCGGUAGUUUUGUCUUUUUCUGCAUUGGAAUAAACGCAGCACAUCAUCAUCCUGAUAUUUUUCACGAUGGUGAUAUUUACAGAAAAGAUCUCGAUUGGGGUUUAUUGACACUUGACACUGUUCGUGGAAGAGAUAUAAUUGAUGAUUCACCAUUUUUGACGUUAACUCAUUUUGGUGCUCAUAUACUUCAUCACUUAUUACCAACUGUUGAUCAUGCAUAUUUGCCACUUUGUGAAAAUGCAUUUUAUGAAACAUGUCAGGAAUUUAACAUUAAUGGUCCCGAUAAAUUAAAUUCAUUAGAAUUGAUGAAAGGACAAUUUCUCCAACAAAUUCGUUCGAAUAAAGUUAAUAAUUCGAGAAUGUAAA